UCCGGAAGUCGUUUUUUGUUUGUUUUUUGUUGGUUCAAUUUUUACCGGUGGUUGUCGAGGGGUGUGUGGUCAUACCGUAGUGAUCUAUGAGAUGACCGAGCUUCGGGAUUAUAUGCCCGAUUGUGACUUCGGGUUUGUUGGAGGGGAUACCCGUUUCGGUUAUCGUAGUUAUGAAGUUGAUGCAAAUGGCACGAUGGUUCUACGUCUGGAGCUGGGGCUGGGCUAUGUAGGGGACGAUCUGCGAGAUGUGGGGGUCUUUGUGAUAAAGGUGCAUGAUUAUGUGCCGAAUUCGCCUGGGGUUGGUGGAGACGAUCUUGUUGAGAAGAUCGUUCGUCUAUUGUUGUCAACUGUGGCUAGGAUUGCGGAGUGGGAGGCACAGUUGGAUGCAACAUUGGUCGCACGCCCUUAUCUGCAUGGGGAGCUGCGCUAUGAUAUAUUCAAGGACGGUUGUUUUGGUGGAGAUGGAUCCAGUGGGAGCGCUGGGAGGGUUUGUCGUCAUCUUCAGAGACGUACUUGCUAGUCAGGCGCCACCACCUAGUGUUCUAUUAGUUUGGUUGUUGGUGUUGUUUUUUAGGGGAUAUAUGUGGACCAUAUGAUAUGAAAUA